UAAUUUUGUCAUGGUAGCCUGUUGUUUUGCCAGCUCUCUGUUUUGCCUGCUCUCGGUCCUUUUCGUUUCUCUGUUGCCUUCUAUUUCCAUCCAGAUCCUCCCUGCCCCUGCAGGGUCUGACUAACGCACUGUUUAUUGUUACGUUCAUUAGAACUUUAAAUAUAGUUUUACGUUGGUAUAGAAAUUAGUGUCGAGAAAAUGUUCAAUAUCCUCGACUGUAGAAAAAAUAUGAACAUAUUAAAAUACAUGUGUUGUACCUAAAUUCCCACAUGUCUGAUAGUGAGUUCACUCAAAGUGGGAUUACUGUUUGUCUCCUGCAGUUUUAUGAUGUGGACUCUUAGGGCCGCUGUUGACCAGAGUGUUGAUGACUGAGUGCAUGUUUUCAGCAGAACCUCCCAUGUAGCAUCGACAUUAUACAGAGAGAACACGACGGAGAACGGUGUUGCAGUUCUCGUCGAGCUGGAUUAUUAAAACGGAGGACAAAUCUGUGUGCCACAAAAUUUUGCGACCGCUGAGCAGUUUGUGAAUUUUUAAUUUGAGACUGACAGUCCUGUCGAAGUAGAAUCUGUCUUUUUAUGGAAUAUAAGCAGACUGUGGAGCCUCGUGGAAAAAUCGGACAGAACAAUGAAUCGGCAAGUGCUGUUUGUCUUUCUCCUUUCUCUCCACUCGGUGUUCGCGCAGGUCAGCUACUCGAUUCCGGAGGAAAGGCCAAAGGGAUCUUUAGUGGGAAAUAUCGCACAGGAUUUAGGUUUAGAUAUUAAACGUUUAAUGUCCGGUAAAGCUAAGAUUUAUACUCGAAACAGCGACGAGUACGUCGAGCUGAACAGAGAGAGAGGAGUCCUCCUCGUGAAGGAGAGGAUCGACAGAGAGGCGCUGUGUACAGAGACGGAGCUUUGUGCUUUGCAUUUUCAAAUCAUUCUCGAGAAUCCAAUGGAAUUUUACACUGUUACAGUCCAGAUCACAGAUAUCAACGACAACGCACCGACCUUUGAAAAACGUGAAAUGACAUUUAAAAUUAGCGAAUCAGCGAUGGUUGGUGCAAAAUUUGUUCUGGGAAGGGCAGAGGAUCUUGAUGUCGAAAUAAACGGAAUUCAACACUAUGAAUUAAAACCAACUGAUAAUUUUGCUCUGAAGCUGCACAAUAACGCUGAUGGAAACAAAAACGUCGAGAUGGUGCUGCAGAAACCUUUAGACAGAGAGAAACAGGAUCAGAUGUCUCUGAUGUUGACGGCUGUAGAUGGAGGAGAGCCGCAGAUGUCAGGAACGAUGCUGAUCCUCAUCACAGUUUUAGACGCUAAUGAUAAUGCCCCUGUUUUUACACAACAAACAUACAAAGCUACAGUUACUGAGAAUUCAUCAAAAGGAACAGUUGUUGCUGCAGUUACAGCCUCAGAUGCAGAUCAGGGCUCCAACAGUAAAAUUACAUAUUCGAUAACAGAUACGAUAGGCAAUAUAAGGAAUAUGUUUGAGAUAAACAUGGAAACUGGCAAUGUUUCUGUAAUUGGAAACAUUGACUUUGAAAAGUCAAAGCACUUUCAAGUAAAUUUAGGUGCAAGUGACGAUGGGGGACUCACAGAUUCUUGUAAGUUGAUAAUUGAUGUACAAGAUGUAAAUGACAACAAACCUGAAAUUAACAUAAUGUCAAAGUCAAAUGUGAUAUCAGAGGAUGCUGAACUCAGUACAGUUGUUACAAUGAUAAACAUUGAGGAUUUGGACUCAGGAGACAACGGGAACGUGAAGUGUUUUAUCAGCGAAAAUGUGCCAUUUCUUUUAAAAGCCUCAACAAACAAUUUCUACAGUUUAGUGACUGACAGUGAUUUAGACAGAGAGAGAGCCUCUGAGUAUAACAUCACUGUGACCUGCUCUGAUGAGGGAGUGCCCUCCCUCUCCAGCAGCGUCACUCUCACCUUACAGAUCUCUGAUGUAAAUGACAACGAGCCUGUCUUUGAGAGGAGCUCAUAUGAGGCCUACAUUGUAGAAAACAACACACCAGGUGUGUCUAUAUUCACAGUGAGAGCCACAGACGCUGACUGGAACCAGAAUGCUCGUGUUUCUUACAUUCUGGAGGACUCCUCUGUCAACGGAGUGCCAGUCUCCUCAUAUGUGUCCGUCAGUGCUGAUAGUGGAGUCAUCCAUGCAGUGCGCUCUUUUGACUACGAGCAGAUCAAAGACUUCCAGUUCAGAGUGAAAGCGCAGGAUGGAGGCUCUCCUCCACUCAGCAGCAACGUGACAGUGAAAAUGAUGAUCCAGGACCAGAACGACAACCCUCCUCAGGUCCUGUAUCCAGUCCAGACUGGUGGCUCUGUGGUGGCUGAAAUGGUUCCUCGUUCAGCAGAUGUGGGCUAUCUGGUGACCAAAGUGGUGGCUGUUGAUGUGGACUCUGGACAGAAUGCGUGGCUGUCGUAUAAACUGCAGAAGGCCACAGACAGGGCUCUGUUUGAAGUGGGCUCCCAGAAUGGAGAGAUUCGAACCAUCCGCCAAGUGAGUGAUAAAGAUUCAGUGAAACAGAGACUGAGUGUUACAGUGGAGGACAACGGGCAGCCCUCUCGUUCAGCUACAGUCAUUGUGAACGUGGCGGUGGCGGACAGCUUCCCUGAAGUUCUGUCGGAGUUCAGUGACUUUCCACACGACAAGGAGUACAAUGACAACCUGACUUUUUACUUAGUGUUGGCUCUGGCUGUGGUCUCCUUCCUCUUCAUCACGUGUUUGGUGGUUAUUAUCUCAGUGAAAAUCUACAGAUGGAGACAGUCUCGCAUCCUGUAUCAUUCCAACCUGCCUGUCAUUCCAUAUUAUCCUCCACGUUACUCAGACACUUUGGGGACAACAGGGACUCUCCAACACGUGUACAAUUACGAGGUGUGCAGGACGACAGACUCCAGAAAGAGUGACUGUAAGUUCGGCAGAGCUGGUAGUCAGAACGUGUUGAUCAUGGAUCCCAGUUGUUCAGGGACGAUGCAGCGGAUUCAGAGUGAGAAGAGCAUCCUGGAUGAACCAGACUCUCCUCUCGAGGUUAGACUGCCUUAAUACAUUUUCAGUGUGUUUCGUAAUAAUUUGCAAAUGUAUUCUUUUUUUCAACUGUCUGUUUAUGUAAUGCACCUGUGGAUAUAUAUGUGUAUAAU